AUGCAGGCCUGCCUAGGUCUUGUAGCAGAACCUCCGGAACACUGCGAGUAUUUGUGCCGAGCCAGGGUUUGCGGAAGUCAGAGUAUGUUGGCGGGUUCCCUGCAUCAAGGAAAGAGGUUAUCCGGAGGACUAGAGAUUGGCAAGUGGGCGGAGCGAAACCCACAGGUCCACUGCCGAAUAUCGCGAGGAGCCUCGGGAUCUACAACAGGAAACUCGGAGUUGAAGGUGUCUGACACGGCAGGGAUCCAUCCAUACGGUUGUCUCGCAGAAUUCCCUAGAUCUGGACGAGCAAAAGAUGGUGUCGCUAUCCUAGUCGCGUUGUCCAGCGCCGGUCCCUGUCGCGAGAUCGACGGCAGUGUCGCUAGUCUGGCUUCAACUGAAGUGCGCCAGAUUGCGGCGAUCCCUUUGUGGCAUGUUCUCAGCCUGGCACGUGCCUGGCAAGCUGGCAAUGCUCAUGUCGUGUGGUACAAUGAGACCGAACGCCAGACAGACUGUCUCUACAGCGCAAUACUCGUGGCCUCGGGAGCAGGCCGAGGCAGAAGACGCAUGACAACCAUGAACUGUGACACGCAUGAUCACUCCCUAUUGAUCCAUCCCAGAAUUGGAUAG